AUGACCGUCAUCCUCACUCUCCAGCUUCCGACUGAAGCUUGCAUUUAUGAUCGGGAGGACGGCGGUGACCUAGCAUGGUGUGCGGAACUUUUCGAGACCGUAUUAGCGUCGUUGGGCUGGGCAUCGUUGGUAACGCCUGCCACGUCCGCAAUGGAAAGGCCGUUUAAAGCAGACGUUGUCGGCUUGUGGAAAAGAAAUAUUGAUGAUCAACGAAGUCUCCUCCCUCAUAUGAAAAGUGGCGUCGGGCGGGUCGCUGGGUGGGAGUUCAAAGAUGCAGUUGGAGCAAAAGGCAUUGUCGUACCCGUAGAGAUACCUAGAAGCAUGGCGCUCGUAAACGAAGUUAAGAGAGCCGUAACUGUCAUUGAAUCAUCACCACUCAAAAUGUGGCUAAUUCGCUCUUUCGCUCAACUUUCGCUCUCCCCCUGGUCCAAUGUUCUUAAAGUGACCUUGUCAACAUCGCCCACUGUGAUGUCUUCUGUCCCGGAAAGUGACUCUUGGGCCAACGCGUGCACAGGAAGUUCUCGAGCAAUCACCUCAAACAAGGGACAAUCGGGCAGUGAAGCGAAGCGUUGGACAGAUUCCCUGACAAAUUUAUCAUUUUUGCACCUUGCAAAGCUUUUGUUAAAAAUUAAAGUUUUGCCUCAUGCCGAAGAGACAAACUGA